CCCUUCGACAACCCCUCCGCCGACGUUGUGAUCCGCAGCUGCGAUCUCGUCGAGUUUCACGUCCGGUCGCAUAUCCUCAUGGAGGCCUCCCCCGUCCUCCAGACGAUGCUCGCACAGACACCGCCACCGCCGCCGCAGCCGUGGCUGAGGAAGCAGACGUCGUCUCCCGUACUGGAGCUCCCGGAGGACGGUCGGACGAUCGAGACGCUUCUGCGGAUCUGCUACCCCAUCGUCCACCCGGAAUCCUAUGCGUCGCCGGGAGAGGUGGAGUCUGCGCUGCGCGCCGCUAUCAAAUACGAGAUGGAGCUCCCGACCAAGCUCGCUCAGCUCGGUCUGUUUUCGCUGGCUAGCACCUCCCCCUUGCGGACCUAUCUUACCACCGUCACGCGCGGUCUGGACGACUGCGCGGGGGCGGCCGCGAGGAAAGCCAUUGAUCUUCCAAUUGAGACGACGUACCUCGAGGAGUUGGAACAGUGUCCGGCGCUGGCCUACCAUCGUUUGCUGUCGUAUCGUGACGCCUGCCAAAACGUUGCUGUGCGGAUUUUACGGUAC